AUGGAUUCAUGGUGUUUGCCUUGGCUUCUGCUCUCUAAGAGUCUCCUUGUGGUCUCUGGCAUGUUAACUUUUGCUCUCCUCUUUUUACUUUUAAUAAUAGAUGUUGAUGGUGGCAAGGAUGAGGAUAUAUUUGACAUCAAUGAUGCUUCGGGACUGAACCUUUUUGAGGGAGACAUUGACCUUGGUGGGACAGACAGAAAUGCCCUUAGGAAUGAUUACCAUAGAUGGCCUCAUGUCAUCCCUUAUGUCCUUCAAGAUAAUCUGGAAAUGAAUGCUAAAGGAGUUAUCCUGAGAGCAUUUGAACGCUACCGUUUAAAAACCUGCAUUGACUUCAAACCGUGGGAAGGAGAAGAGGAAUAUAUUUCAGUGUACCAAGGAAACGGGUGCUUUUCUACAGUAGGAAAUAGUCAUGUUGGCAAGCAGUUACUUUCCAUAGGAUUCAAAUGUGACAAAAUAGGUUCAAUUCAACAUGAGUUUCUACAUGCUUUGGGAUUUGUGCAUGAGCAGUCCCGUUCAGAUCGAGAUGACUACAUUAUAAUAAUGAAGGACAACAUUUUGCCAGGCAGAGAGAUGAAUUUCCUUUAUUUUAAUGAUACGCAAAUAAACACCCUGCACAUUCCUUAUGAUUACACAUCUCUGAUGCACUACAGCAAACAAGCCUUCCAAAAAGACACAGAACCAACAAUUAUACCAAAGGAACAUAAGUUCCUUGAUGUGAUUGGGCAACGAAUAGCUCUCAGUGAUUAUGACAUUGAAAAAUUGAGUCGACUCUACAACUGCUCUUCUUCCAAAACCUUUAUGGACUCAUGUGAUUUUGAACUGGAAAAUAUCUGCGGUAUGAUUCAAAGCUCAGAGGAUAAUGGUGACUGGCAGAGGGUUUCACAGGUGUCUGGUGGGCCCGACUCUGAUCACUCAUACUUGGGCAAGUGCAAAGGUUGUGGUUUCUUUAUGCACUUCAACAGCAGCUCUGUGAAUGUUGGAGGAAAGGCAAUCCUGGAAAGCCGAAUAUUUUACCCCAAGAGAGGGUUUCAGUGCUUGCAGUUUUAUUACUACAACAGUGGUAAUGAAGAUGACAAGCUUAAGAUCUAUGUCAGGGAAUAUAUGUCAGAUUAUGAAGAUGACUCUCUUAUUCUAAUGCAUGAAAUAAAAGAUCAACGCAUUGGAACCUGGCAACUUCAUUAUAUACCAUUAACAGUAACCACAAAAUUCAGGGUGGUAUUUGAAGGAACUCGAGGUAUUGGUGCUUCAGCUGGUGGUCUUUCCAUUGAUGACAUCAACCUUUCAGAAACUCGCUGUCCUCAUCAUGUGUGGAAGAUUAGCAAUUUCACAAAAUUGCUUGCCUUAAGGAAGAUCAUUUUAAGCCCUCCAUUUUAUUCUCCCACAGGCUAUGCCUUUCAAAUUCAGUUGGAUCUAUAUGAUCAGACCAGAAUAGGCAUAUAUUUCUCCCUAAUCUCUGGAGCCAAUGAUGAAAAAUUACAAUGGCCAUGUCCAUGGCAUCAAGCCACAAUGACACUAUUGGAUCAAAAUCCCGAUAUUCGUCGGCGCAUGUCCAAUGAGAGGAGUAUAACUACAGAUCCAUUUCAAAAAAUUGGUGCUAAAAACUUUUUUUGGGACAAGCCCUCCAAAGUAGGAAAGAAGGAAAUUUUCCCUAAUGGAACAUUAUAUAGCAAAAGUAUGGGACAAGGAACCAGUUACUACAUAACCCACAAAUGGAUACACAGCAGAGAUUUUAUCAAAGGAGAUAAUAUAUACAUUCUUCUGACUGUGGAAGAUAUAUCAAAUCUCAUUUCCACUGAGCCAUUAUUUAUCCCUACGAAGAUACCAAAUUUUACAUCAAAACCUAACAUCAGUCUCUGUGCAAACUUCAUCUGUGAGAAUGAUGGUGUCUGUGUGAUCCGUAACGACAAAGCAGAAUGCAGGUGUCAAUCUGGGAAAAACUGGUGGCAUAUGGGAGAAAAAUGUGAGAUACAGGCUUCUACCUUGGAUGCCAUUAUUAUAGAAGUUCUAAUUGCUACAGUUAUAUUUGCAAUUAUGCUGAUAGUGACUCUUGUGAGUCUUUCCUGGACAAAGAAGAAAUAUCGUGAAAAAAGCAAUGCCAAUAAGUUGAAUGUCACCUUAAAACAUUAGGAUGUAUCUUCCUGAAACCAAUUCUGAAGACAUUAAACAGCAACAGCAACGAUAAUAGAAAAUAAUUAGAAAAUGCAUUGCCUCUUCAUCAAGGAUUUACCUAUGACAAAUUUCAGCUGUGGAAAAUGACAGUUUUUUGGUAACCUCUAAUCACUUUGUGCUGUUGAAAACAAUUCUCUGUAAAUAAUUGGAAAUAAUGUCAAAGGAUUUGUGUGUGUGAAAAUUAAUUUCUGUGUCAUUUUGGUAGUUUUGAUGAAUUUGGAAGAAGUCUAUUCAUGAGACAGCACCCUAACCCAUCACAGAGGUUUACAAAUCUUCAGAAGUAGGAUGUCAAAUUCCCAACACAGAAGAAUGGGAAUUAGUAGAGAACUCCAACAAGAAGGGUAUGGAGAAUGGCACCUCCCCACAACUCUAGUUACUGUAUUAUUUGGAGUCCUCUACUAUGACUCCUUUAGUUAGAGGUGACCUAUCUCUUUGAGAACAACAAUGGAUGGAAGAAGUACUAGGUUUGAUGUCAGGGAAUUUGGUUUUGAAUCCUUUCUCUGAUUUUUUAUUAUUUUUAUAAUCUUGGGCAAGUGCUCUUGGGUAUAUUAGUUUCUUUACCUACAGAAUAAAUGUGGUACUCUUUUCCUGUAGUAACUAUUACAAAUAAUUAAUAAAUCUUGUUGAAUUUA